AUGCAGUUUAUUUUAGCUGUAUUAGCAGCCACUGCCUUACUGGCAAACGCAGGAUUUCAUGAAGAAUGCCAGCAGACCCUUCGUGAUAGCCGUCUUCGUAUCGAAACCGUAGCCGACGUUCUGGCGUCUCGCGAAAUUGAUCGUCUUGUUUCUUUGAUGACCAAAUCGAAAGAUCGAAUGAAGUCUUACCAGCCAAUCGAAGGCUUCAGUUUUUCUCCAAAACUUCAAGACCUUAUUAAAAUCAAAGAUGAUCAACCUCCAUGUCCUCAGCCCAAUGCCACCAUGUUCACAACAUCGACUCGUUCAACAACAACUAACAUUCCGACAACAGCUGCUCCAUCAACAGCUCCAUCUGACUCAACAACAGAUGGAAAUACAGGAUCCACUCAAAAUUCCUCACCUGCAACUGCUGGAUCUACAUCAUCUGGUUUGCCAUCUACCAAUGCACCAGAAGAAACACUACAAAAAGAAAAGAGAACUACAAAAAAGAAGUUCAAUCCCAAAAACGUAUAUGUUACCAGAACGAAAGAUCAAGAUCCGUUUGCAUGGUAUAUGAAGACACUUCAUUACUAUAUGAAGCGGGAAUCUGAAGUUUGCAACAAUCAAAUUUCUGAUUUCAACUCCAUCACAGAAGACCAAUUGUUUGGAUACUUUUCCACAUUGGCAGCCGCACAUCCUGGACCAUUCUGUUCUUUGUGUCAUCGAUUUACAGAAGAAAUUCAUUCGAGAGUUCUGAAACCAAAUUCGCUUCUGAUCACAGACGACGAAUAUCAUAUUUCCCAUUUGCUGUAUAACCACAUCCCUUCUCCGAAAUCGUUAUGUACUGCAAUUGCUCCGGGAUGUGACGAAGAUUAUGCAAUUAAAGUGGGAAAUUUAACUGAAUCAGUGGUAUGCCUUGAAUGCACAGCGUGUAUGUCAAUCACAAAUGUCCUUCAACAUAAAAUAUUUCUCCAACCGGCGAUGCUUGAUAAAGUUUACUACUGGCUCCGAGGAAACCUUUUCCAUAAUUUGUGUGCAGAACUUUGCCUUGCUUUUCAAGGUCUCAAUAUCACACUCUUCCCACGUGGUUUCACCUAUGACGGAUGCCAGAAUGUUAUGAAAAAGAAGUUUUAUCAAAUCAUCGAUGUUGCUACCGUAAUCACUCGACCAGAAAGAUUCUGUAGUUUAGAAAUUCAAUGGUGCGAGCUGAAUGAACAGCCGAAUGCCCUCCAUUGUCUUAGAGAAAUGUGCCAAGAAUAUUUCAAAGACACUCCUCAAACUCGUUGGCUUUGCAGUCAAAUUCCAGACCGACCAGAGCAGGCAGAUGCUUUCUUGAACAUUCGACAAACGAAAGUGAAAAAAGAGAAGAAGGAAUACCAUGUGAAUUUCGAGAAAAGAAACUUACAUGAUGAACUGUAG